CCUCAUCCCGCAGUACAACGCACAACUGGAGAAGGAAAGAGGCUUCCUCGUUGGAGAGAGGACAACCUGGAUGGCUUGAUAUAAGAGCGGGAGAGCUUUCUGUAGAUCAGGAGAACACGAAGGAAAAAGCAACUUCAGGGGAGCCGCUGUGAGACAAAAAAGAGGAGCUAAAAAAAAUCACAGCUGAAGGUUUGAGAGGCUCCCGCCACACCCAGAGGCAAAAUGAGCUGGAGCUUCCUCACACGUCUUCUGGAUGAGAUUUCCAACCACUCCACCUUUGUGGGCAAAAUCUGGCUCACUCUCCUCAUCGUCUUCCGCAUCGUACUGACAGCCGUCGGGGGCGAAUCCAUCUACUACGAUGAACAGAGUAAAUUUGUGUGCAACACGAAUCAACCCGGUUGUGAGAAUGUGUGCUACGAUGCUUUUGCACCGCUGUCACACAUACGCUUCUGGGUGUUUCAGGUGAUUAUGAUCACCACCCCUACCAUCAUGUACCUCGGCUUCGCUAUGCAUAAAAUUGCCCGCAUGGACGACGAUGACUACCGACCUCAGAGGAAGAGGAUGCCCAUAGUUAGCCGCGGAGCUAACCGGGAUUACGAAGAAGCGGAGGAUAACGGGGAGGAGGACCCCAUGAUCCUGGAGGAGAUUGAGCCAGACAAAGAAAAAGAAGUUGCAGCGAAGCCCAGCAAAAAGCAUGAUGGACGCCGUCGGAUCAAGCGCGAUGGCCUUAUGAAGGUCUAUGUGUUUCAGCUGUUUUCUCGAGCCAUCUUUGAGGCCUCCUUCCUGUUUGGACAGUAUGUCCUGUACGGGCUUGAAGUGGUACCGUCGUAUGUGUGCACGCGCUCUCCCUGCCCGCACACAGUUGACUGCUUUGUGUCCCGUCCUACCGAGAAAACCAUCUUCCUUCUCAUCAUGUACGGCGUCAGCGCCCUGUGUCUUCUCUUCACCAUGUUGGAGAUCCUUCACCUCGGCUUCAGCGGUAUUCGGGACUGCUUUUGCGCGCCACGACCCAGACCACAAACCCCCCGUCACGCCGCUCCGGCCAGCCAGAGGUCGUCCAUCUGCCGCCAGCCCUCUGCUCCUCCCGGCUACCACACGGCAGUGAAGAAGGACCCGUCGGGGAAAAUCAGCUUCAGGGACAACCUGGGAGACUCGGGCCGCGAGUCUUUUGGUGACGAGGCGUCAUCUCGGGAGCUGGAGAGGCUGAGGAGACAUCUAAAACUGGCCCAGCAGCACCUGGACCUGGCUUAUCAGAAUGAGGAGAGCAGCCCGUCACGCAGCAGCAGCCCAGAGUCCAACGGUACUGCAGCAGAGCAGAACAGACUAAACUUUGCUCAGGAGAAGCAGAGCAGUACAUGUGAGAAAGGUCUCCGUGCAUAGGCCACAAUCCAGCCAAAAUGACCCUAUCAAUGUUAAUGUACACCAGGAGCAGUGAGUGGACAAAAAGGGAAUCGAAGUGAGUGUGUCUGUGUGUGAUUUGAACUUGCUUGAGGUGGAUGAAGUCAGCCCAAGCCGUCCAGUGUUACGAUCAGCCGAGGUCGAGCAAAGAAUCAAACGAGGAGGAGGAGGAGGAGAGUGGUCGUCUCAUCCGAGCAAUACUUGAGACCCCAGGCUGUCUGAAGAUCCAAAGUGCUUAACAAACUACCGUCAUGCAGCAGGAGCGGUUAAGGUUCACCUGUGCUUCUCCCUCAGGGCAGCUAUACUUUCUCUUUUUUUUUUUUUUUGUACAAAUAUUUUUUUAUUACGAGACGUAGAACUAUUAGUUGUUUUUACAAGGUUUUCCUCUUGUGGAAGUUUGCAGUGAGAGCAUCUCAAGUUUGCCUUAGACCUAAACUGGAAGUUUUUUUGUUAUUUUUUUUUUUAAUGGCAUUCUAUCUCAAGGUACGGCCAAGCCAGUUGUAGAGCAAAACGUGUUUAAACUGUAAAGAAUCUUGAGAGAAAGUGUAUCAGUGAGUGAAAUGCAAACGAAUGGUUAAUGGACAAGGCACCGUUCAUAAAAGAGAGGUACUGGAGUUGUUGUCAUGUUGAAGACUUCUUGAGGUGUUGAUUUUCAUACAAAGGCUUCUUUCAAAUAUGCGACAUGAUUUUUUUAUUUUUUGGAUUAUAGUUCUAAAAAUGUUGGCACCGCACCAGUCAACAUUCCCAAGCCCGGUGCCUCGACGGUAACUGGAACACACUUGGGGUGCCUUUGUCCAAAGGAAUAAACAAAACCUGGGUAAUGCUUGAAAAACAUGUAACUCUUGAUAUUGAUAUUGUAUUGUUUCAACGUGUAUUUGAUACUGUUCUUUAUUUUUGUAUUAGUUUUGUGCUAUUGAAAAGAGGCUCUUGUCAUUGUGGCUUUUUCUUUAUUCCCAAAAGAACGACUUUCACUGCUGUCUUAGUUUAGAUUCAAUCCACAGCCUGGUCAACUCUGGAAAAGAUUCGGUACAAUUUGUAGUUCAACUGCAACACUUUUUUCUCAAUAUUCAGCUUUAUUUAUCAUUCACAUACUUUACAGGUUAUGUUCCAUUGUACUGUUAAAGUGAAUCUGUUUGUUAAUCGAGGGACAGUGCUGUUUGUCAUCUUCUAUGUCUUAAAGUGCUGAUUUGUGGAUCGGUGUCAUCACUGCUCCUGAAUCUCUUAAAGAGUUGUAAAUGAUCCAAUCAUUUCAAUGUGAAUUCAAUGCCUUGAAUGCGCUCUUCUAAGCCGCCAUCUUUUUGUAUUUCUGAAUCAUACCCACAGUGCCAUUAGUACAAACUCAAAUAUCUUCAUCUCAAGUUAUUUUUCAACGAUGCUUUUUUGUACUUUUUAUACUUUUUGUAUUGAUAGUACUUUGUGGUUAGUUUUUACAAUAAAUUUUUUAAACAAA